CGUGACGCGAACAACAUUCUGCUCUCGGGCGCUAGUACGCUACCUAUGUACAACGACCCUAACUGAUUCGUCUUCUAUUUUGACGUCGGUUUCUUAUCAACACGAAUUUUGAAUAAUUUUCAAUCUACGAAAAUUACGUGCAGCACGAUUUAAAAUUUCGGUUUCUAUGUGAAAUUACAUCUAGCAAUAAUGUCUAGAAUUGUAGAUGAAACACCAAUUGAUGAAGUGGAAACUGACGGAACUGUUGUUAACGAUGACUCAUUAAGUGUUGAUGUGUUAGUAUGUGGCUUAUGCCAUAAAGGAUUUCAUUUUGUAGAAGAAUUUCAAGAACAUAAACAAAAACCGGGAAGUUGUAAAAAAAUAUCUGCAUAUCGAAUCCAAAAUACCAAAGUGGAAAAUAAAAGCCCAGAUACUUAUGGAUUUUUACUAUGGAAAAACUCUAUAGCAAAAAAUAAAGAAUCACAGAAAAUGUAUAAAUUGUGGUGUUGUCUACCUGAACGUGUAAAAGACAGUUGGAUGCAAGCUGCCAAAAUUAUUAAUACUAAUGACGAGUUGGCUAAAUCUAUUCCUAAUAAGGUCUCCAUCAGGAUUAAAGAAUAUGCCUGGCGCACUAAAUAAAACUAAAUGCUGAAAACAUACUAACAAGAAAAUAACCAGAAACCAAAAAAUUAAACCGAAAAAAAAACCAAACCAAAAUCAUUUUAAAUUGCAUAAAAAUAUCAAAUUAUUUUAAAGGUUUAUGGUUUAGAUAUUUUGUUGAUUAAAUUAUUAUAA